AUGAACAGUGCAUUUUGUUGCUUUACUACACCUCGGAAUAUUUUGCAUUUCAAUCCUUUCCUUUUAUUGAGAAUGGCCUCAUCAUCUGUAGGAGAUAAUCAGCUGCAGAGGAUAAUCAGAGAUCUCCAAGAUGCUGUGACGGAGUUGAGUAAAGAGCACAAAGACUGUGGAGAGCCUAUAACGGAUGACAGCCCCAAUUUGCACAAGUUUUUUUAUAAAUUGGAAUAUUUACUGCAGUUUGACCAGAAAGAGAAGAGCACAUUUCUUGGUCAGAGGAAAGACUACUGGGAUUAUUUCUGUGAAUGCCUGAUCAAGAUUAAAGGAGCUAAUGAUGGCAUCCGUUUUGUUAAGUCCAUCCCAGAGCUGAAGACGUCGCUGGGUAAAGGAAGAGCCUUCAUUCGUUACUGUUUGGUUCAUCAACGACUCGCCGACACGUUACAACAGUGUCUCAUUAACCAGAGGGUCACCAGUGACUGGUAUUAUGCCCGGAGUCCCUUUUUGAAGUCCUUCCUCACAGCUGAUAUCAUCAAUCACCUUUAUGAGCUCAACCAAAUCCACUUUGACGUAGCAGCGAGAGGCUACGACCUCGAUGCAGACUGGCCAAGCUUUGCCAGGAGGACAUUAGGACCAGCUGGUGCUUAUUCCUGGAGACCUCCCAGUCGCUGCUCUAGUGUCAACAGCCUGGUCAGCAGCUUGUCUCAGGCACAGGAGUUUGGAGCCAUCCCAGACUUGGGCCACAGUCUUCUCGAAGACCUGGGUGAACUGGGGGAACCCUGUAGCUUAGCCGAGAACCUUCGCAUUGAGCUGGACCAGUCAGAAGCGAAACAACAAGAACUUUUAGUCCAAGUCCGAGAGCUGGAACAGGAGGCAGGCAAACUCAAAGUUGUCAUAAAUGACUUGAAAGGACAGUUGCAGCAGUCAUUGAAUCAGAAUACUGAGAACCAUUUGCAGAACGUGCAGGAAAAAUGCGAGCUUAGAGACCGGCUUUGCACUUCAGAGAAUAGGAAUAUGGAGCUACUCACAAAACUAGAUGAAGCUCUUAAGGAGAAGGGGCAGCAGACCGCCAGCUACUGCAAUUCAGCGUGGAAAAUGCAAGAGGUAUUGGACAAACUCAAGUUGUCCGAACAGGAGAAAGUAGAUGCAAAGAAAGAGGCAGAGGAGAAGCAACGGCACAUAGAGAGCUUGUCCAAGGAGCUAAAACACAAACAAGACGAACUUAGAAACUGCGAAGAGAAGUUAGCUCAAGUCAAAGCCAAAGCCGACGGUGAACGCGAACUAGCUUUGAAACGUUUGGAGGAGUUGCAAAGCGCCGUAGAGCAGCUGGCCAUGUUGAAAGCUUCCGAAAAGCAUCUAAAGGAGCGGCUGGAUACGGCCAAUAUUAGCGUGGAAGACAGAGAAAAGAAGUUACUAGAUGAGAAUUUAUACCUGGAAGAGAUUGUAGAAAAAGUGAUGAUGCAAAAAUACGAGUUGGAAGAACAGUUAAAGAUAGUAGAGCGUGAAAACGGCGAGGUUCUGGAGGCGAGGUCCUUGUUGGCAAAGGAGUUAGCCGUGAUUCGAGAGGAGCGCGACUUGCUCGUUGCCAGAGAGACGAUGCUCUCAAGAAAUGUCAACGUGUCUCAAAGGGGUAACGAAGAUUUGCUGGGAAAACUACAAGUGACAGAGGAUAAGCUGAAAGAGCAAACGGUGCAAUGUGCGAUACUUCAAGCCAGAGUGACGGAGUUGGAAGGGAGAGUGGCCGAGCUCCAUUGUGAAAAGGGCGCAGCAGAAAGCAACGAAAAAAUGCAAAAGUCUCUAAUAGAAAGUAAGGACGCACCGUUUAGGUUAGUGAUCGCCGAAGCACAACUGGAAAUGAAUUUGAAGGAACUGCACAGGCUGCAAGAGGAGGUGGUGAUACUCCGGAGCCAGCUUCAAACGGGAACGGAGGAGAAAAUCAAAGCCCAGGCCUUACAGGAGGUCAGCGAGUCGUCCCGGGAGGAUCUGAGGUCUUUGGCCGAACAGCUGAAGGGGCAAGUGGAAGCGCUGAACCGAAGGCACGUGGAUGAGAUCCUGAGGUCGCGGGAGAGGGAAGAGGCCCUGGCGAGGGAGCGAGACGGGGAGGCGCAGGCACGUAUAGGUCUGGCAACGGAGGUGACCUCCUCCAGAGACGAGAUGGACCGACUGAAGCGCAGAUACGACACGCUGUGUUUGGAGAACGCAGACGCGAGAGAGGCGCUGCACCGAGCCAACACGGAGACGGCGGAGCUGGGGGUCCACGUGUGCAUGCUCACGGCCGAGAACGAAGAGGCGCGCCUCAAGCUGGACGGACUGUGCUCGAGGCUCGAGGAGAUGGAGGACGAGGCCGACGCCCUCAACGCGACGAUAGAACAACUUCAGCAGGAGAACCGCGAUCUGCUAAGGAAGUCCAGGGCCGACGGAGCAGUGCCCGGGAGCGCGCUGCACCAGGCGCGGAGAGAGACGGAGGCGCUGCAGGCCGCCAGCGAAGGAGAGAUCAGGGCGCUGAGGUUUCAGAUCAGCAGCCACGAAAUCAACCACUCCAACCAAAUACAGGUCGUCAAUCAAGAUUUACAGGAAGUGAGACUGCAGCUAGACUCCGAGCAGAGGAGAGUAGCCGACCUGGAGAGCAGACUCACAAAGGCAGAGGCCCAGAAUCACAGACACUGCCAACAGAUUGAGGAGAAAAACAUCCAGAUGGCCCAGUCUGAAAAUCUCAUCCAGCAGAAAGAAAAUGAGUUAAUCUAUCUGAAAGGGAAUUUAUCAAGAUCGGAGGAGGCGCGAGCAGCCGCAGAGAACGCCUGCAAAGAGCUGAGCGAGAAUCUACGGCGAGUCACGCAGGACAGGAAGAGCGUGGAUCAGAAGACGACGGCGGAACUGGACGACCUCUACCGAACCAAAAUCAAUUUGGAAGAACGGCUGAUAGAGCUCAUUAGGGAGAAGGACACGCUGUGGCAGAGGACAGACGCCCUGGAGUUUGAGCAGAAACUCCGGGACGAGGAGAUGGAGCGGGACGUGAACCACUGCGUCUCCUGCCUCAGCCCCUUCAGCUUCUGGCUCCGAAAAUACACCUGCAGAUUGUGUGGGCGUCCCUUCUGCUACUACUGCUGCAGUAACUCUGUGAGCACACAGCAGGGCCCCACAGAGCGCUGCUGCCAGGACUGUUACAACCAGCACAGCGCAGUGAUAGAGCGCCACCCGCAGGAGGAGCCCGUGAACUACAGCAGCAGCUCCCCAGCGACUCCUCUCAGCCGACUGCUGCAGGCGGGAAGAGCUGCUACUAGUCUGGUGACAGGAGCCGACGCUGCAGCGAAACAGGACGAUGGUGUGUUUGACAUCAUCACAGAGGAGGAAGUGAGCUGCGUCUACGACAGUGACUCAUUCUUGACAGCCUGCACCUCCACACACGGCCAGCAGGGAGCGGCACAACUGAACAGCAGCGUGAGUGCUGGGGACCUGGCCUCUGAAGACCCAGAGGACUCGGGUGCGAUGGUGCAGGACGCAGAGAUCGGCCUGCUCAAGUCCGGAGAGCUCACAGUACGUAUCCCGUUCUCUCUGGACGACAUCUCUUCGUUCGGGGACAGUUACCGUGAGCUGUUCAUCAAAUCCAGUUGUUACAGCGUCCUCCCCCUCAGUGUGAGCAGUGCGGGGCCCACGGUCUCUUGGACCUUCACCUCGGAGCCCAAGAGCAUCUCUUUCAGUGUGGUCUUCAGAGAGAGUGCGGAGCUGCCGCUGGAACAAGCCAAGGUCCUGAUCCCGUUGACCCGCUGCGAUUCACACAAAGAGACGAUUCAAGGAGAGCUGAAAGUGCGCCACCCAGGAGAAUACACGCUCAUCUUUGACAACUCCUUCUCCAGGUUCAUCUCAAAGAAAGUGCAGUAUCACCUGAGCGUGGACAAACCCGUGGUCUACGAUGGAAGCGAUCUGCUGUAA